AUGUAUGAGAAGCAAAAAGCAAAAUCACGAGAGCUCAGUUACCAAUUUGGCUUCUUUGUAGCUGAUUUUUACCUAAUGUCAAGGGUUUUAAAAAUGUCAAGCGAAGAUACUACAAAUAGAACAAAUCCCACAUGGAAGUGUCACAAUUUGGUAGAUCCCACGAACACUAAUAAAUUUAAGUGGAAUUUUUGUGGCAAAAUAACAAAUGGCGGGGUUUAUUGGGCAAAGAAACACCUUGUGGGAGGUUAUAGGGACGUGUUAGGUUGUCCAAGAUGCCUACCCGAGGUAAAACUAAAAAUUCAUGAUUAUAUGGGAAAAAAGGAAAUAUUGAAAGAGCAAAUGCAAAUGAUAUCGGGUAUUAAUGAUUAUGGUACAAAGGGUGAUGAUGAAGAUGAUGUUAUGGAGAUUCCGAUUGGGGCGGUUGGGCGAGGUAAAUCUGUUCGAGGUAAAUUCGUUGGAAGCAGUCAAGGCUCCGUUUCUAAACCUAUGCCAAAAAUGCUGAAGACUAAAGGGUCUAUAGAUGUAUUUUUCACACCUAAUCCAGAUGUUGUGGUGAAAAAUAGGAAAGGAAAACAACCAACAAUUGAUGCGAAUGACCCAUACAAGAAAGAACUAAGAGAUCGUGCGGUGACAAAAUUCGCAAGGUGGAUGUAUGAUGUCGGUAUUGCUUUUAAUGCAGUUAAAUAUCCGAGUUUUAGGACCGCAGUUGAAUCUAUUGGGCAAUAUGGCCCGGGCAUGAAACCACCAAGUUACCAUGAGACAUGGGUCACCUAUUUAAAGAAGGAGGUGAUUAAUACUAAUACUUUGCUGAAGGAUCACAAAGAGGAUUGGGUGAAAUAUGGAUGCUCUAUAAUCGCAGAUGGAUGGAAUGAUAGGAAUCACAGGAGCUUAAUCCAUGUUUUGGUGAAUUGUCCAAAUGGAACAAUGUUUAUCAAGUCCAUUGAUACCUCAAGCUAUUUUAAUGAUGGAAAAAGGUUGUUUGAAUUUUUUGACAAGUAUGUGGAACUCGUCGGUGAACCCAAUGUUGUACUUUGUAGUAAUACUUUCUUUUUUGUUUCAACUUCUAAUAGGAAAGUUUUUGCAAGUUUUGAAAAAGUCAUUAGGUUUAAUGGUUAUAUUGAUGCCCGUUCAGAUGUAAUUAAUAUGAUGAGGCGUUUUACAGGAAAAAAGGAAAUGUUGCAUCGUCCUUUGCAUGCUGCGAGACAUUUUUUGAAUCCGGAGUUCUUUUACUCAAACCCACAAGUUGAGCAAAAUGUUGAGGUUAUGACAGGGAUUUACAAUUGCAUAACAGAGUUGAUAGCAAAUGAAGAAAUACAAAAUAAAAUCACUUAUGAGAUGAUUGUUUACAUGAAAGCUGAGGGACAUAACUGA